AUGGCAACACAAGGUUUGGGGAUCUGGAUGUUGGCUGAUGCUGAGUCAUCCUGUGUGACGAGCAAAUCUGAAGUACGGUAGUUUCUUCUCUAUCUCAUUUCCAUUACAUUUCUACAAUAUGGUGACUCAAAGCUGUAGAUAGUGUCACUACAUAACAGUGGAAAGUGACAGGUCUUGAAAGAAAUGUUGGCUUGCGGCCCUCAGACAGGUUUUCUGGGAGAUCCUGCAGAACUUCAGUGAAAUGUCUGAUUUGCGUCCUUCAAGUGAAACUUAACCUCUAGGUCUUAUGCAAGAGACGUCUUUACCCAUGUGACUCUAGGCCCCCUAAAUAGCCCUUUAGAAGCUAGGAAUGGAGGUGAUAAGACGUUUCAUACAAUGCAUUGUUUUGCCGGGCCUUUUUUAUUUCAGGGAUAUCUUGGAUACAGGCGUACUAUUGGUGCUUGUGUCCCAGUUUGGCAGACUGUUGAAACAUUGCCUGCUGGGAGGUUGGUGAAUAUACUAAUACCACCUUAAUGUGUGGAUUAUCAGUAUCUCGAUGGACUACUUAUGUGCCACUCUUUGGCAUGCAUCACUUCUAUCGUAAUACUGUUGUAUUCCCAGGUCUGUGGUGAAUAGCUAAUUAUGUUGCACACAAACUGGCGAAGCAUCUCCCUUGUCUGAUAACUGGAUGGAAGCCACCUCCUGCUGCCAUGUCAUUGAGGACAUUGAGCUGCUGCCUUUCAGAGGAAGGGGCAUUGCAAGGAUUCAUGACAUCACACCCAGGCUACUAUAAACACUUCAGCAUGAACUGCUGGGAGCCGUGCUUGUUACUAGGAUUAAACAGCCCUGCUCUGCAAAGCUGCCCUCACAGUAGACACCUGUGAUGAGGAGUCACAGCAGAAAUAAAUUGGUAAAUGGGAGAGGACUAACAAUUGGAGGAAGGGGAGCACUGACAUGCCGAGAGAGGAGGCAGCUACACCCCUGCAUUCUCACACAUGGACAUAUAAUCACUGACACUCAUGUUACAGACAAAAUAAAUCAUAAAGAAAAUACUGGUGUUCUGCCUAGUAGGUUAAGAUGUGAAAUUGAAGUUAUGAAGCCAGUGUAGUGUAUUCAUUUAAUACAUGGAACAAAGGGAUGUGUUGUAGGUGAUAACUGAUCUCAUGAUCAAUGAGAAUUUUAGAGGAGAAACACUAAGUUUGGGUACUGUCCAAGAUAGUGCUGCCUAGGAGCGUUAGGCCAUAGUAAAACUUACUUCCUUAAAAUUGAACUUAAAGGAAAAAAUAUAUAUAUGUUUUUAAAUCAAAAUUGGUGAUGUGCAAUGAAGAUGUUCAUAUGGAAAUAGUCAGAGAACUUUCAUAGGUGCUCAAACAGCUAACACUGAAUUGUCAGAACCUGGGAAUUAGAAGUGAAUGCUGACUUCUCUGUGGGUUAUAGAAUCGUUCUGUUUGAAACCAUGGCCGGUACAUUCCCUUUAUGUAAAUGCAGCAUUUCAAUGACUGCUACUUAUUGUCGGGUUGUCUUUGUGUAUGGAAUAAUGUUGCCACCAGUGGCAGCCUUUGGAUGAAAACAGUCAGCGAAAAGGUUUGCUUUUGCAGCAUCCUGUAUUACAUUUACAUAUUUAAUAUAUAAAUAUUUGUGUGAACCCAAGGCUCUUGUUCGUAAGAGUGUUAGUGAGUGCUGGCUUCUUUUGUUUCUAACCUAGAUAUCCUUCAAACAGCACUACUAAUCACAAGCCACAUCUUGUCCUAUUCUAAACAGGCAAGAAAAAAUGCAUUCUGUUCUAAAGUCAUACACUUUAUUACAGCAACCACCUGCUCAAAUAGAAAAAUACAAAUCAGAUGUACUCUGUGCUCAUGAACACAUAGAAUUUAGAAAUGUUUGAAGCGUGCCUGCUAGACAAAGAUGACUUAGUUCCACAUUCUAGAUCAUUGUUUGUCUAUCAUUAGAUAAGGUGUCUGUUUAUCUCAUAUGACAUUUGCCCUUCUGUUCCACUGGCGGUCGGUGUCUUGUGUCAGGUUAAUGUUAUGACCAACCCCAUUUCCCUUAUACUUUAGUAAAUCUCCCAUAUCCCCAAAUGGGUUUUGCUUCACUCCAUUUAACGGUACUGUGGGGGUGGAGGAGGCACCAUCUAAAUAUUGGUUUAUGCAUUCAGAAUGCAAUGUCAUAAAAGUUGGUGUAAUGGUCAGGUGUCCCAAUAGGUUUUUUCCGCGAGAGAGCGAGUGUGCGUAUAAUACAUAUGGUCCUGCACACGUUUUUCUGCUUUCCUCCCCAAGGUGCUGCUUUAUCCACUUCCAGUAUCUCAAAUGAAGGAGAGCACUCACUGGUUUUGCAGUGAUCUUCAAACUUUUAUUUUCCAAGCAGUUACAUUACAUCCAAACAGUGGCCUUUCAUGGCUUGUUUGUUUGGCUAAAAUGUCCAUUUUAUGUGGAUGUAUUGGAUGUUGUAUGUUACUGAUAUGCUGUGUGUAUUGUUUUUAUAUUUCAGGCUUACCGCAAGUUGGCCAAAGAAUACCACCCAGACAAGAAUCCAAAUGCUGGAGAUAAGGUAAAAUUCUAUAUGUUUUUUGGAUGUUUCUGUAGUCUCUUUAUUAUCGGUAAGUGAGAGGUAUGAACAGAACGGACAUGUGUUUACCGAUCUCAAGAUUUGUUUAUCCCACGGUUAUCUACCCUGUGGGAAAAGAGCCGUGGAGUGUUCCCCCUCAUUUAUUUGCAGGUCCUGGGAAAUAUUUAUCCAUUGUUACCAUUUUUUACAUGCAUUAAACCAAUUCAAAACCAAAAAAAAUUCAAAAUUCUGCUGCUUCUGUCUAUUGACAGCAGGCAUAGUAAAAGGAAACCAAAGCACACCAGAAAGUUAUUUUCAUAUAAAAAGUAUUUUAUUCAUAUAGUGGAUACACAUUAAUUGUAAAGAGAAAGUGCUGAAAAUCGUACAGGUGUGUAAACAACAAUAAAGUGCUCAAGAGAAUAUCCCAUAAUAAACCAGGCAUACUAACGCAAAGAGGAGAUAACAGAACCCAGAUGUUUCGACAACCAAGUCUUCCUCAGGGGGAAUGUCUAUCCUAAUGGUUUCUGUUCUUACUAAUAUACCCAGAAAUAGCCCUGAUUGAGAACACGUGUGGUGAACAAUCAUGGAAAAUACAGACUGAACUGGGCGCCUUCCGGCUUCGUCAGACGUUAUAGUGUUCACAUGACAUCUGACAUAAUCACGCAUGCAAAGAAGUAUAUUGUGUACCCCUAAACAAGGUUACUUCCGGGCCACUACGACGCUGUCACGUACGUGUGACAUAAGACGCCUUUUUUAAAUGUAUGGGAUCCUAACAGUGACUCUAUGGUAGCGCUGUGGAGCCAAAAUACCCAACGCACGCUAUAAUAAACUAAGCAGUAGGAUCAGCUAAAUAAGAAAUGUAUUGUCUGUUCCCAUCCUAGGGUAAUGCAAGUCCGUGCUAAACUACAAAUAGACUCUAAACCGGAAAUUAGUAAGAUUGCUGCUUCUGUCAGUCUUUUGUUUGGUUUGUUUUCAUCUCUUUGUCCUCACUCAUUGUUCCUGGUCUUGUCUUCCUCCCAGUUUAAAGAAAUCAGCUUUGCAUAUGAAGUUCUGUCAAACCCAGAGAAACGGGAGCUCUAUGAUCGAUAUGGAGAGCAGGGGUUGCGGGAAGGAAGUGGAGGCAGUGGAAUGGAUGACAUCUUUUCCCAUAUAUUUGGCGGUGGCCUAUUUGGAUUCAUGGGUGGACAAAGUCGCAGUCGCAAUGGCAGACGAAGGGGUGAGGACAUGAUGCAUCCUCUGAAGUAAGUCCAUUUUUUUGCUUUGAUAUGCACUGUUCACAAUGCAUAUUGUGAACUCAUAGCAUUCACUUUAACUACUGACUGGGUCCCUCUAGUAUGGGCUCUAGGAGAAUGAUUAAGAGUCUGGACUCUACAAAUCUGGGAAAGUGUUCAUGACCAGUUCUUGAAGUUGAUAUGAGAAGUGAGUGGGUAUGUCAACUGGCAGUAGAAGAUAAUUGAAAAUUGCAAUUAUUUAGGAGGCAAAAUUCCGUUUCUAUAGCUUUUCUGUUUUUGAAUGUUUUCUGUUCCAGAUAGCAUGGGUUCAGAAGCACACAUGCUGAAGGAACACCUCUGCACAGCCAGUGCUGUGAAAGUUAAUACUUAGAAAAUAACUAGCAACUAUAACUUAAUAUAAUCCUUUUUAAAAAUGUAUUUAUUUUAAUGAUUUUUCUACUGUGGUUUCCAAGUUCGUGACAUCCUUGUUUUGAGAUUAAUACAGUGUUGUUUUAUUUCUGCUUGGGAUCUGAGUGGGUACAAAUCUGCUAUAAUUGUAUGGAAUUUAGAGUGCAUGGCUAUCUGUGCGCAAGUGAUACCCAUAAGAGCACGUGUGCCAGAUCUGAUCUUGUGGACGGGGUUGGUUCACAUCCUGAAUUCUUGUAUCAGCUGAGAUAGCAGUUGCAUUAAAUAUAUUUAUGCAGUAUUUGCAUUUUAACAGUAUAUUCUUAAUACGUGAUUCUAUCAUGUGGUUAUGCCUCCUCCAUGUUCCUUUAUUUGCUAGACAUGCAAAGAACAAAUGCAAAGUAUUCUAUUUGGGGUUAAAUUUGCUUUAUUUAUUUUAAAUCGAAAUCCUUAGAUGGAUUAAGGGAAUAUUGAAAUAUUUAAUAUUUUUUUUUUGUUUUAAAUGCCUUUGUUGCUUUUGUGAUGCAAUGUGUUUUUUAUCCAGGAUAUUAAGCCUAAUCCUAUGCCUUCUUUAUUCUGUAGAGUAUCUUUAGAAGAUUUAUACAAUGGAAAGACUACCAAGCUUCAACUUAGCAAGAAUGUUCUGUGCAGCUCUUGUAACGGGUAAGCUGGGUCUUGUUUAUAUGAAAAUACCAGAUUAAAUGUAACCGUCCCAUUAACUAGAGAGGAACUUCAACUACCAUAAGCUGCUAAGCUCUAUAAAAGCUGAAGAACAAGGUGAUGGCUACCCGCUGGAUGUAUUCUUUAACCCCUUCAGGACGGAGUCAAUAGUACAUGUUCUGAUCAAAACAAAAUGUAAACAAAAACUGGUAUUUGCUCUAUAUGUCUGUUCAACCGUAAUUCACCUCUUUCAUAUUAAGUGCACCCACACUUAUUAUAUAUCAUUUUGUUCAGGAUAAACUGGGCUUUAUUUCCUCAUGAACUAUUCACAUUUGAAACGUAAUUUAUUAGGAGUAAAACUUAAAAAACUCUGAGAAAUUAAGAUUUAAAAAAAAAAAUUGUAGACAUUUUAGCUGUAAAUGUAAUACCGUUAGCGUUAACUGCAAAAACCCCACAUAUUUGGAUUCAGCCAAGUCUCACAAGUACAACAGUACCCCCCAUUAACAGCUUUUUACGGUGUUUUGGGAAGUUAAAGGGCCAAAUAUAGCACAUUCCAUUUUUCAGUUCUUUCAAAUUGAAAUUUGCCAGGUUGGUUAUGUUGCCUUUGAGACCGUGUGGUAGCCCAGGAAUGAGAUUUACCCCCAUGAGGGCAUACAAUUUGCAAAAGUAGACAACCCAAGGUAUUGCAAGUGGGGUAUGUCCAGUCUUUUAUAGUAGCCACUUAGUCACAAACAUUGGCCAAAGUUAGCGUUCAUAUUUGUUUUUGUGUGAAAAAAGUGAAAAAAACUAUUAUUUGGCCAGUGUUUGUGACUAAGUGGCUACUAAAAAUGACUGGACAUAUACCCCAUUUGCAAUACCUUGGGUUGUCUACUUUUUCAAAUGGUAUGCCAUUAUGGGGGUAAUUCUCAUUCCUGGGCUACCAUACGCUCUCAAAGGCAACAUAACCAAUCUGGCAAAUUUCCAUGGGAAAAAAAAGAAAUGCAAGCCUUAUAUUUGACUCUCUAACUUUCCAAAACACCUAAAACCUGUACAUAGGGGGUACUGUUAUACUUGGGAGACUUCACUGAACACAAACAUAAGUGUUUCAAAACAGUAAAACAUAUUACAACAAUAUCGUCAGUAAAAGAUACAAUUUAUCAUUUUGAAACACUAAUAUUUGUGUUCAGUGAUGUCUCCCGAGUAAAACAGUACCCCCCCCCAUGUACAGGUUUUAUGGUGUUUUGGAAAGUUACAGGGUUAAAUAUAGCGCGUGUUUAAUUCUCUGCACUUGCUGUCUGGGUUGUCAGGCACGUCAAUCAAAUUUUAAUUAAUUAAAUCGCAUAAUUAUGUUCAAAUAUUACUUAAGCAUACACGUAUCAUUUUUAUAUAUAUAUAUAUAUAUAUAUAUAUAUAUAUAUAUAUAUAAUUCUACGUGUAUACUUAUGUAGUUAUUUAUGUAAUUCUAAGUGUAUUUUAAGAUUAAUAUUUACUUAUAUUAACAUUAAAAUACAUUACGUAUCACGUUACAUAUAUGAGGUGUGUGUGUGUGUGUGUAUAUGUAUAUAUGUGUGUGUGUAUAAUAUAUAUAUAUAUAUAUACACACACACACACACACACACACACACGCGUUUUAUUUUAAAACAUGUUUAAUAAUUUAUUUAUUUUUUUACUUCCCACCAGCAGGGGGACUGUCUGACAUUUCAGACAGUCCCCCUGCUAGCAGAUCCACAGCCAGCUAUAGGGGGCCAUGUGAUCGUUCUUUGAGAGCGAUCACAUGGCCUCCGGGGGCCUCAUUUGCUGCGGGAGGGCUGUCAGGCAGUCCUCCCGAAGAGGAUCCCGGUGGAGGUGAGUACUGUGGACCUCCAUGGGCUGAAAGCCGUUACGGCGUUCUGUGCCGCCGCAACGGCUUAAAAGCCCAUUACAUGCGGGAUGGCAUAGAACGCCGUAACGGCGUUAAUGGGUUAAGGUGGUUUUGUGUUUCUCUGGUAAUACAGAUUGCCAGGUUCACAAGGAUUUCUUGAACGCAUCACUUCUCGUGUCUGAAAGUGCUGCCCUGAUGUAUAAAGACUUGGUAUAUUGCACAUGGUCAGUUAAUACAUUCCUGUGGAAACCUUCAUUUUCUCAACUCUGAUAGCGUAGGAUUUAUUCAUACUGUAGGUUAGUACUUUUCAUGUGCUGUCCAACGUAUAGAGAAGUGAUGUUUGUUUUGGAAGGUAUGGUGGGUCUGGUGACCCUAAUUGUGAUAUUUGUGUUUGAAAGAAAGAGGGUUCUUUCAGCUGAAACACGUCUUUAUAAAAGCUGUCUGUUAGGCAUUAAGGGCAGAAAUGGUGACCUUCUGGAGCAAAACCAAAAAAUGUAAAUGUAAAGGCAUAACAUAGUAAUUUUUUUUUAUUUUAAUGGUACAAUCUGUGUGUAUCCAUAGAAGCUGUCAUGUUGUUUGAAUGAGUACUGCGCUGAAGAGGAAAGCAAUUUAAUUCUGUAACUAAAUGACAUUUAAUCAUCUGUACAGAAACCAAUUUAUUUUUUUAUUUUUUUACUGAUUUAGACAAGGCGGUAAAACGGGUGCAGUUCAGAAAUGUUCAGCUUGCAGAGGCCGGGGAGUACGUAUCAUGAUAAGGCAACUGGCACCAGGGAUGGUGCAACAGAUGCAGUCUGUAUGCUCUGACUGUAACGGAGAAGGUAAAUGAUUAGAAUGUCUGACAGCUCUACAUGAAAAUCUUAUUGGGUGCUUUUAACUGGCUUUCAAGAACCCUGAAUAAACAUCUUGCCUCUGUUACAGAAUCCUUUUCCUGUAAUCAUUCACUUUCUGGUGACUCAUAUCUGCAUUAAAUCUCCUGCUUAGCUCUCGAGUUAUAUUAUUGAACAAGUCCACAUUAUCUAAAGCCAAGUAAAGAGCUGAACACACGCUGAUCAGCCACAACAUUAAAACCUCCUGCUUAAUAUCAUGUAGGUCCCCUUCUUGCUUCCACAAAAGCUCUGAUGCAUUUAAGUAUGGACUCCGCAAGACCUCCGGCCGUGUUCUGUGCAAUCUUGUACUAAGAUGUUGGCAUCCUUUAAAUCCUGUAAGUUGUAAGGUGGGGCCUCCAUGGAUCGUAUUUCUUUUUUCAGCACAUCCCACAGAUGAUCAGUUGGAUUGAGAUUUGGAGUUUGGAGAAUAAGGCAAUAUCUUGAACACUCUGUCAUGUUCCUCGAACAAUUUUUGCAGUGUGACAAAAUGCCUUAUCCGCUGAAAGAGGCCACAGCCAUUAGGGAAAACUAUUGGCAUGAAGUGGUGUACGUGGUCUCCCACAACCUCUAUUUAGAUGGUACGUGUCAAAGUAACAUCCGCAUGAAUGGCAGGACCCAAGGUUUCCGAGCAGAGCAUAACACUGCCUUCCCCAGGCCUACCUUCUACAGUGCGUCCUGCUGCUAUUCCUUCCCCAGGUAAAUGAUACAUAUGCAUCCGGCCAUCCUCCUGAUCUCAAAGAAAACGUGAUUCAUCAGAUUACACAACCUUCCACUGUUCCAUGGUCCAGAUGCUCACGUCCCCAUUGAAAUCGCUUUUGGUGUUGGACAGGGGUCAUUGUGGCUAUGCAGCAAACUGCUAUGCACUGUGUUUCCUGACACCUUUUUAUCAAGGCCAGCAUUAAGUUUUUCUGCAAUUUGAGCUAUAGUUGAUCUUCUUUGUGAUUGAACCAGGCAGGCUACCGAUUCCUCCCCACAUGCAUCAAUGAGCUUUGGGCGUCCUUGACCCUGACACCGGUUCACCAGUUGACCUUCUUUGCAUUCCACCUCAUAUCAGGAACACCCUGCAAGACUUGCUGUUUUGGAGAUGAUCUGAUCCAGUCUUUUAGCCAUCACUAUUUGGCCCUUGUUAAAGUCAAUCAGGUCUUUUUUUGCUUGUCCAUGUUUCCUGCUUCCAACACAUUCAAGUCAAGAACUGGCUAUUCACUUACUGCGUAAUGUAGACCACUCUUGACAGGUGCCAUUUUAACGAUAUCCGUUAUUCACUUUAACUGUCAGUGGUUUUAAUGUUGUGUCUGAUCCGUGUAUAUUAUGUUUAUCUGUCAACUCUAUAUAUGCAUUUACAAAGGCCAUCAUUGAGGGACUGACAUACCAACAGAAUUACACUAUUAGAUCAGAAGAGAAGCAAUUUUGUCUCCUAAAGAGUCUGGGUGAUUCCGAUACUUAUUCUAGAAUGCCCUUUCUCUUGGUAUUAAAUAUAACCAACAUCUUUCUCUUAUUCCUUGCAGGGGAAGUCAUUAAUGAAAAAGAUCGCUGUAAAAAAUGUGAAGGCAAGAAAGUUAUUAAAGAGGUCAAGAUCCUUGAGGUUCAUGUGGAUAAGGGCAUGAAACACGGACAGCGGAUCACAUUUACUGGGGAGGCAGAUCAGGCCCCAGGGGUAGAACCUGGAGAUAUUGUUCUAGUUUUACAGGAAAAAGAGAAUGAGGUAAGCUGCAUGGUGUUUUGUUGGACCUAUCGAUUAAACGGUGCAGUGAUGCACACUGACAUUCUUCAGACCUCCUCCUGUUGUAACCCUAUUUAGGGUUAGAUCUGGCACAAAGUGGUGUAACAACUGGCCAAAGAGAGAGAUAGAUCUAAAUGUCAUUGUAUAAAUACGGAUUGCUCUUAUAUUGAGCUAUUACUACGACUAAUAUACUGAGUUGUUUGGUAACCACGACCUUACCUUACAGGUGUUUCAGAGAGAUGGAAAUGACCUGCACAUGACACACAAGAUUGGACUCGUUGAAGCGCUCUGUGGCUUUCAGUUUAAUUUUAAGCACCUUGAUGCACGUCAGAUUGUUGUCCGAUACCCUCCAGGGAAGGUUAUUGAACCAGGUAAACAUUCUAGCUUACUACCUGUGCAUUUUCUCUUUACAAAUGUAUGCAUCGUCACUUUGUUCUCCUACAAUAUGUUUUAUGGGAUUUGGGUUUCCUCAGUGUCCUUGAUUGUUGGGUGGUGGUUGAGUAGUGGACAGAAGCUGUGAGUUUGACAGCCAGUAUGAGCGCUUCAGGAAUACAGAAUUAAGAACCAGAGCUUGAACAAAUCUGAGCAGCUAUCUUCAUUGUGUAUAUGGAACAAGGCAGAAACUUUAAUAUAGUUUUCCAGUGCACAUUAGGCCAGCUCGGCCGUAACCAAACUUGAAGUUCCAAAAUGUGUCCACUGAAUAUUAAUAGAAAACCUCCUAUUGAAAACUGCUCUGUCAACCAGUGUUCAAAUAACAUUUGUAAGUAAGUUGUAAGAGUGUUCUAGAAGUUUGUAAAGAAUGAGAAUCUGAAAUAGUACCAUAACCAUAUCUUCUUCACACAGGUUCUGUCCGUGUAGUACGUGGUGAAGGCAUGCCACAAUAUCGUAAUCCCUUCGAGAAGGGUGAUUUGUUCAUUAAGUUUGAAGUGCAAUUCCCAGAAAACAACUGGAUCAACCCAGACAAGCUCACGGUGAGUUAAUGAAGAGAUGAAGUGGUGUGGUUGACUUUAGUGUUCCUUUAGGCAACCUAACCAUGACAGUCAGUUGCAUAGCAUGCCAUUAGAGUUCCCAAGUGCUGCCCCAGGUUCCAUGACCUUGAUAAUGCAGAAGUGUCAGUUCCGCAUUGUGGCCCAUUGGAAAUAAGCUGCAGUUCAUCUGUUUGUUGUUAAACAAAGAAUGUUGCUGGGCAUUCUGGGUGACAGAAAUACUACAGUGAGCUUAGAGUGCCUUUAAAUCCUAACUAUCCUGUUGAAGUGCUUUGUGUGAAGCGUGUGUAAGAUGAUUUCCAUCUUACAAAAAGUUCCAAUUUCAAUAGUCUGGACGUAGGGGAGGGAUCUACAGCUUUUGCACGUUUUUACAUAUAGCCUUCAUGAAAAAUGCAGAAUUGAAUGCUUGCGUGUUAACGUUGGAUAUAUAUCUACUAAUUAGUGAAUUACAUAAAUUUAUGUAGUGGAUUGUCCCUUUAAUAUGUAUUCAGAGCUAAUUAAGGUGUGUGUGUCUCCCUUGCCUGCCACUUACUGUAAGUCUGGAAAGUCUAUUUCAAACUCGCCAGUGCUACAUUUUCAUUCGCCAAUUUCAAGGUUGAACGUGAUGGACUUUUUUCAGACUAGAUUACUGUGGAAAAUGUGAGCCAUUUAGAUUUGUCGCUGACCAUUUAAAAAUGUUUCUGUUGUGGGCUUCUUCUAUAGGAACUUGAAGAUCUUCUGCCAGCCAGACCAGAAACCUCCACAGUAAGUGGUGAGACAGAAGAAGUAGAUCUUCAGGAAUUCGACAGUACUCGUGGUUCCGGUGGAGGCCAAAGACGUGAAGCAUAUAAUGAUAGUUCUGAUGAAGAGAGUGGUCAUCAUGGGCCAGGAGUGCAAUGUGCUCAUCAGUAA